AGUUGAGAUUUCUAUUUCGUCAUCAAGACGCUACCUAUACAGUUUUAGUGUUUCGGGGUCCUUUCUUACAGCACGUUAAAGCCGGUGUCUGUGAGGUUGUUAGUGUGUUUUACAAUCUGUGUGAAAAUGUAUUAUAAAUUCAGCAGUUUUACGCAAAAGUUGACUGGUGCUUCAUUUGCUAAUGCAUAUUGUCCUCAGGGUCUGAAACCAGCUGCUGUGACUGAGGCAUCACCUGUCAUUUUUGGAACACCCAUUAAACCAGUUUCAGAGUCUUCUCAGUACAUGGGAAUCAACAGAGUGCCUGAUUUACAGAGACUUUUCCAGAGACCAGAUGGUGUGCCAGUACAUUUAAAACGAGGAGUUCCUGACAAGCUUCUUUACCGGACCACUAUGGCUCUGACAGUCGGUGGGGCAGUAUACUGUUUGAUAGCACUUUACAUGGCAGCCCAACCCAAGAAUAAAAAAUGAAGGAUUUACUCAGAUGAAGCCUUAUUCCCUUCUGCAACGAAAAACCUCCCAUCAUUUUUAACCUUUUGCAAUGUUCCAUUUUCUGUGACUUGAGCAUAUGAUCUUUCUGAACUUCUUACUUGGCUAAGGCACUUACUUUAGUUGCGUGCUCAGCGUUGCCUUGUUUAGAUUUUCAUUAAAGUAUAAUUCGGGACUAAUUUUGUAAAUGGCUAAAAUUUGAAUAUUAGUCAGAGCUAUUGGUGGUAGUAAUUGUUGAGCCAUUAUCCUUACAUUAGCUAUGUAAUCAGCAUGCAUAAUUCAGAGUGUUCUAAUGGAAAUGGGGACAAAUGCCACUCUCUGCAACAUUCUUGAAGCUGUUGUACUAUAUUUGUUUGAUUUUUAGAUUUAUUACAGCACAUACUGUAAAUGUUGCACUUUAUAUUUCUUUCAACAUUGUUACAUUAACCUUAAAAUGUAAAGCAUUUUUGUGAAACUUGACUAAAGAUAAUUUUUUUAAAAGUU